GGGGCAUUGGACUUGCCGAGCGGUGUACUGCAGGUUCUCUCUCUCUCUAUACUCGCGAUUUUCGGGUCCCCGCAAUGAUUGAUUUCGUUGUCCGCCUCUAUGACCCAUUUGCGAAAAACGCGCCUUAGGUCGCGGAUAUUUCGAUGCCUCCCAUUUCCCGUCAGAGAAGACCUCUGUCCUAUGACGAUCCGGCGCUGUCAGACGAAGAUGUCGGCCUCAUCUUUCAGGUUAUCACUUUCGCGGAGGCCGACCCCGAGGUCAAGCGCCUGCCCUACCGAGCUCUAUUUAGGGCAUACGAUCAGGUUAUCGAGGAACAUGGCGUCGACGCCGACCCGAGCUAUGCCUGCAUGCGGUUCCUGCUGAAGAUGGGGAACAAGAAUGUUAUGGGAAAUGACCUCUACGAGAAAUUCGAGAAUCUGUUAGAACAGGUGGGGAUCGUGCUGGAGAUCGGGACGAAUGCCGACGAGGGAAAUGAGUCGACGUAUGCGGGCAGUGUGUCCUCGAUCGACAGACGGCCGAGGAAGAAUGUCCCUCCUGCCGACGACACGACCCAGGCUACCCCGCGGAGGCGCGCUUCUUUCAAUUCGAUGUACGAUGUGGGGGACGAUCCCACGCAGCGGAGUUUGCUUAAUCGCCCGAGUUCGCGCUCCUCUAUGUCGCGACUCCCCGUGGAGAAGCCGGAGUUCUUGGAUCAGGAUCAGGAUCCGGAUCCGCGGCCUUCUCCUGGGCGGGCGGGCGCUCGCAAAGGAACUGAGUCGCCGGAUAGGACGCAGCUGAUUGCCCAGUUUCUUGACGUCGGUCGCAGACUGAUGUACCGGAUGGAACAUCUGGAUCCGAAUAACGAGACUGGCGGACAGCCUGUUGUGGCUGGUCGUGGUCGCCGUGCGAGGUCUGCUGUUGACAAGGACCGCUCAGCGAGAAUGGUCGAGAACGCCAUGCCGCGCAUCCAGUUUCGUAAUCCACACCCGCUCAGCUCGAGCGAGGAUGAUGAGGGAGCGGACGAGUCGUUGUCUGUCUCUUCGCAUAACGAUCACGAUUCAGUUGGACGGGUGGAAGUCGCUUCGGAGAUGCUGUAUCGCCCAUCAUUGUCAGACCUGCUUAGGGACGCGUCAACGUUCAAUAUGUACCGACAACGCGCAAUCAAUCGAAAGAUCUUGGCUCACUGGGUCAAGAAGGCUGUCCAAGCGCGGCAGAGCCACCGGCAUAUGGAACUCGUCGCUGUGAACCGGGAUAGUCUUACCCUGAUGCGCCAAGCGUUCGAAACGUGGCAUUCGAUCAUCCGGAAUAAGCGGCGCGCAGUGCAAACGGAGCGGUUCUUCAAACAUCUCGAGGAGCGCGCCGGGCGAGCGCGAGACCUGUAUCUUGUCACAAAGGCUUUCAGCCAUUGGGCGCAAGUUGCGUCCGACGAAGUGGCGAAGACAUCUGCCGCGCGGCGACACAUCCUCGGCGUGAAAUACUUCAGUGCGUGGCGCGAAAUCACCGCCAAGGUCCGUCGGCUGCGAGAGAUGGAGGAAACCGCCGAAGCUACGCGGCAGGCCAACUUGAAGCAUAAUGCCUUUUGGCAGUUUUUCCGGGGUUACUGCGAACGCCGCGCUCCUCAGUGGUACGACUAUCGUCUAAAAAGGCGCGCCCUGCUAUCCUGGCUACGGAAGUUCCGAACCAACCGAGAACACUACCAAGAGAUCGCGCUGAACGAUAAACGGGAUGCCCUCGGAUUCGCGUUACAAGCAUGGUCGCAGAAGUUCAGGACGAUUGCUAGUUCCGAACAACAAGCAGUGUCCUUGCACCGUGGACGGGUCCUCGAGGACACAUAUACGGAAUGGCAGGUUCAGACCCGCCUCGCCCCAGCGGCACGCCAAGUGUCUUCCAUGGUCGACAAACGGAUACUUCAAACAGCCUACAAGCAAUGGGUCACCCGGAUGCAGAUGAUCCAGGAAGCAAAGGAGAUGGAUCAGCGACGGAUCCUGCGCAAUGCAUGGACCAAGUGGAACGAUCUUCUCCGGUGCCAGGCACUGAAUGCGCGCAUAGAAGAGCGGAUCAAACUGGAGACCAUGUACAAGUGGAUCCUCGCCGAACGCUUCCGUCUGAUGCAACGGAUCCGAGAAGCGCGAAUUAAACGCGAGGUGUUUGCACGAUUCGUGACCAACACCCGUCGGACGUAUACCCGCUUACUCGACCGCGCCGAAGCCAUUGAAGAGAGUCGGAACGAAGACCUGCUUCGAUCGAGAUUUAAUUGCUGGCGGGACAAGCUCUCGCUCCAACGCCAGCGAGAGGCUGUUGCGUUUGAAUUUUACGCCCCACGACUGGCACAGGAAUCACUGGUGGCCUGGCGCUCCAAAGCUGGCCAUGCGCUCAGGUUGGAGGAAUGGGCCCGGGAUGCUCGAUUCUACUUUCUAGCCACGAAGACCGUCAAGCACUGGUACGCAGCGUCACUGGUCGCUGCCAAGCGUCGCCGUCAAGACGCUUAUGCGAGAACGCGGCGGAUGGUCAAGGUCCAUCUUGCAUCCAGUGCGCUGACCACCUGGUCCGCCAGAGCUCGCCAUGUCGCGACCAUGGAACAGCAAGCCCUGGAAUUUUGGCGGAGGCGAUCCAUGAACAUCGCGUCUGGCGUCUUGGUCCGGUGGCGGGGGGAGACCGACAAGCGAGUCCAGGAGUGCGACGACGCGGAGGUCUACCGUGCUCGACAUGUCGCCUACGAUCAACUCACGCACUGGGUCGAGAAAUUGAUCAGUUAUCAGCGCAUGCAGAAGCAAGCAGACGACGUGUACCGCCUGCACAGUCUCCCACGCGCCAACACGCAAUUCCGCAAACUCAGUCUACGCAUCUUCCAGAUCAGCAGUCAUUACGAGACAGCAGAUGCGCUGCAUGAACGCAACUUCCGGAAACACGUCCGGGGCGCGUUCCGCAACUGGUUGGAGAAAGCUCGAAUGCAGCUGGAAGCCCGCGAUUCGCCCGGCCCCUUAUUGAGCCCCUCGAAGACCACAACAAACGGCCACCUCGAAGGCCCGAUGAUAUUCGACCCCUGGUCCCCGAUCGGCACGCCUUUCAAAAACAUGAGUUCCAACUUCGUUGCGGACUCUCAGGGACCCUCGGCCGCGCCAUUCGUGACGCCCAACGAUAUGACAUCCCCCUCGAAGCGGGCCGCGCGGGCGAAGGCGUUCGCCCAGGCUUCGACCACCCCUGCCACACCAUUAUAUACGCCGUUUGCCAGUCGACUGCGACUGGCCUCAGAGGGGCGACCCCUCUCGAGUCUUCGGGGCCGUAGUGGUCGUGGGAACUCCAUCGGGGCCAAUGUUCGUUUUGUCGACGAAGAGCCGAUGUCCCCAUCAGAGGGACGGAAAUCGGGCGGACGGCGGGGAUAGACCAUGUGGUUAAUGUGAUAUGACUAUCCAUAUCCAGAUGACUUUUUCUUUCCCUUUUUUUCUCUUUUACCAUACAUAGUUAGGCAAGGUCAAUUUAAGAUACCCUUUUGCG